AUGGCGGGCGCAGUGCGGCAACCCAUUGACGAAAAGGCGUUUGCAAAGUACCUUGAGGAGAAUGUACCGGCCAUCAAGACGCCGAUUGAUCUGAAGCAGUUUGGCUUCGGACAAUCCAACCCGACAUACCAGAUCACCGACGCAGCCGGCAAGCGAUAUGUGCUGCGCAAGAAGCCGCCGGGGAAGCUGCUGUCCAAGACGGCGCACAAGGUAGAGCGCGAAUACCGGGCGCUGCACGCGCUCGAGACGACCGACGUGGCGGUGCCCAAGACGUUUUGCCUGUGCGAGGACGACUCGGUCAUCGGCACGCCGUUCUACAUCAUGGAGUUUCUCGACGGGCGCAUCUUUGAGGACUUUCUGAUGCCCGGCGUGACGCCCGCGGACCGGACGGCGCUGUGGAAGGAGGCGAUCCAGACACUGGCGCGGCUGCACGCCGUGGACGUGGCCAAGGUCGGGCUGGAUAAGUUUGGUAAAGCGAGCGGGUUUUAUAGUAGGCAGACGCAGACGUGGGCGACGAUUUGCAUCAGCCAGUCCAAGGCGGUCGACAUCGAGACCAAGGAGCCGGUGGGACAGCUGCCGCACUUUGACGAGCUGGUGGGCUUUUUCAAGGACGAGAGGCUGCAGCCCAAGGAUAGGGCGACGUUGGUGCAUGGGGACUUUAAGAUUGACAAUUUGGUCUUUCACAAGACGGAGCCUCGGGUGAUUGGCAUCCUAGACUGGGAAAUGUCUACGAUAGGCCACCCGCUCUCCGACGUCUGCAACUUCAUCACGCAGUUCUACCUCGCCCGCUCGCCCGGCGCCUCGGCGUACAGCGACAGCGAAAAGUUUCUGCCCGGCGCGACGCCCGGCCUGCCGCAGCCGGACGAGAUCCUGCAGUGGUACACCGAGGUGUCGGGCUACGACCCGCGGCCGGAGCUCAGCUGGGGCGCGGCGUUUAACAUCUUCAAGCUGGCGGGCGUGUGUCAGGGCAUCGCGGCGCGGUACGCGGCGAGGCAGGCGAGCAGCGCGAAGGCGAAGAUGUACAUUGGGACGAGGGGCCCGUUGGCGCAGUUUGCGUGGGAGCUGGCUCAGCAGGCGAGGGAUGCAAAGGCAAGAGAUUCGAAGCUGUGA